AUGGCGGCUCCCAUGUCCUGGAGGAGGCUGAUGCACUCCGUGUACUCACCGGCCGUCGCCGGGGUUUUCACCCGGAUAUCGGACCGGCUCUUCCGUGCACGGGACAGCCGAGGCGGCUCCUCCGUGCUGCUGCUCGCUCCCCUGCUGGCCGAAGCCGACCCGGCCCCGUAUCGCCUCGCAAGGCCCACAGGGUCAGCCGGAGCUCAGGGCAGCGCAGACGGCCUCUGCGGCCACUUCAAAUGGAUGGCAGAGCACGUCCCCGCCUUCAGGGUGCCGGGAACCCGCAUCCACAUCCUCAGGUCACCCGACCAGUUCUACCAGACCAUGAAGGCACGAAUCAAGACCGCAAAGAGGCGAGUGGUGAUGGCCUCCUUGUAUCUGGGAACAGGUCAGCUGGAGCAGGAGCUGGUGGACUGUAUGGAGGAAGCACUCCAGCGCUCUCAGGACCAAAGUCACUCCCCUGACCUGAAGGUGUCCAUACUGCUGGACUACACCCGGGGAUCACGAGGGCCCAUCAACUCGAGGACCAUGCUGCUGCCGCUGCUGCAGCGCUUCACCUCUCAGCUGCGCGUCUCCCUGUACCACACGCCCGACCUGAGGGGGCUGCUGCGGAUGCUCGUGCCCCAGCGCUUCAACGAGACCAUCGGCGUCCAGCACAUCAAAGUCUACCUGUUCGACGACAGCGUCAUCAUCAGCGGGGCCAACCUGAGCGACUCGUACUUCACCAACCGGCAGGACCGCUACGUGCUGCUGGAGAACUGCAGGGAGGUCGCCGACUUCUUCUCCGACCUGGUGGAGGCUGUGGGGGACGUGUCCCUGCAGCUGCAGCCCGACGACUCGGUCAACAUGCUGGAGGGCAUGGUGCAUCCGUACAAAGGCAACAGACAGGACUUCUCAGCAGCGGCGAGGGGACGCAUCAUGGACGUCAUGACCACGGCCCACACGAGGCAGCGGCUCCUCAACCGGGGGGAGGACUCUGAGGACGAGGGGGCGAGCGGCGGGGAGGAGGACACGUGGGUGUUCCCUCUGGUGCAGAUGAGACCUCUCGGCAUCCAGGUGGACGAGCAGGUCACACAGCGCCUGCUGACAGACGCGGGGCCCGACUCCACCGUGUUCCUGACGUCCGGCUACUUCAACCUGACUCGGGCGUACAUGCGGCUGGUGCUCGGAGCCGGGACCAACUACCGCAUCCUCACCGCCUCCCCCGAGGUCAACGGCUUCUUCGGGGCGAAGGGCGUCGCCGGAGCGAUCCCGGCCGCGUACGUCCACAUCGCCCGGCAGUUCUACAGCCAGGUGUGCCAGCUGGGCCAGCAGGAGAGGGUUCACCUGCACGAGUACCACAGGGCGCAGUGGACGUUCCACGCCAAAGGUCUGUGGUAUUACCUCCAGGGGCAGAACCGGCCUUGCCUCACUCUAAUUGGCUCGCCCAAUUUCGGAUACCGCUCGGUUCACCGUGACCUGGAGGCCCAAAUCGCCAUCGUCACGGAGAACGAGGAGCUGCAGAGCCAGCUGCAGGAGGAGCAGGAGACCUUGUACCAGCGCUCCAGCGAGGUGUCCAGCUCCACGUUCGAGCGGCCGGACCGCCACGUCAAGCUGUGGGUGAAGCUCGUCACUCCCCUCAUCAAGAACUUCUUCUGAGACGCCCUCAGGAGAGAGACUGUUUUGUAUUAUCUGUUGGAGGCUGGGAGCCGGGAGUCUCACUCUUCGGCAACACAUCGACCACAACCCUCGUCAGUGACUCACACGUGCACUCACACUCACACUCACAGGAGCCGAGAGAAGUGGAGAAUCCUGUUUUUUUUUCCAUUUAAGUUCCAGUUCCUGCAUAUCGAUAACUCCGUUAAAUAUUGACUCAUCUUUCUGUGGACUUCUGGUUGCGUAUGACUGACAACAAACAUUUCAAAAUGAAAAACUCCUUCUCCCCCUGCACGCACAUCCCGACAGGUUUACGUUGCAUGUGUAAGAAAGCAAUAGAGGCCUGGAUCAGUGAGUGUCCCCCCCCCGAUGUAAUUGAGGUGAACAGACGGGUGUGGUGACGAAUUACGAUUCCUCAAGGAGCCUUAAUGACAGUUUUUAAGAGAUCGGAGUGUGUUUACAGCUCUGCCCACAGCAGUAAUCAGAGUUUAACUGUACAUUUACUGUGUGUUAUUAUCUUUGUAAAUUAAAGGAUGAAGAGUUUUUCAAUCA